UUGUUUACACCUAGAAUGAGGUGGUGGAUUCUGAGGGCAAUCACGACAUUAUUGCUUUGCUCAUGUGUUGUUCAGUUGAUGCCGGUAGGGAAUUCUUGGGGGCCUAGGUUGUUGAAUAGCUGGCCGUCCUGCUCUUACCCUCCUGCUGAUAGGUAUCCCCAGGUGGAAAUUAGCAAUCUGCAUUCACAAGUGACUCCAAAGCGAUUCUACAGGAACAACGGUUAUCUAAUGGUUUCUUGCAACGGGGGACUCAAUCAAAUGCGAGCAGCAAUAUGCGACAUGGUAGCUCUUGCCAGAUGCCUAAACGUCACUCUUAUUGUCCCCGAAUUGGACAAGAGUUCUUUUUGGGCUGGUCCAAGUGAUUUCCAGGACAUAUUUGAUGUUGAUCAUUUCAUCACAUCCUUGAGGAAUGAGGUCCGAAUAUUGAAAGAGCUGCCACCAAGGCUUAAACGAAGAGUUGAGGUGGGCAAGUUCUAUGAGUUGCCACCCAUAAGCUGGUCCAACAUAUCCUAUUACCAUGAGCAGAUUCUUCCACUUUUUAGAAAGUAUAAAGUUGUGCACUUUAACAGAACUGAUGCCCGCCUCGCGAACAAUGGCCUACCACUGGAAAUUCAGAAGCUGCGUUGCAGGGUAAACUUUAUCUCUCUCAGGUUUACUCCAAGAAUAGAGGAAUUGAGUGGAAAAAUUGUCCGCAUCCUGAGGCAAAACGGGCGUUUCCUGGCACUCCACCUCAGGUAUGAAAUGGACAUGUUAGCUUUCUCUGGUUGCGCACAAGGCUGCAAUGAUGAUGAGGUGAAGCAGCUUACAAGAAUGAGAUACGAAUAUCCCUGGUGGAAGGAGAAGGUCAUAGAUUCUGAUAUGAAGCGGAAACAAGGUUUGUGCCCUCUGACACCUGAAGAAACAGCUCUUGUAUUGCGUGCACUUGGCCUCGACCACAAUGUUCGAAUAUAUAUAGCUGCUGGAGCAACAUAUGGUGGGCAAAGGAGAUUGAGAAGUUUGGAAGCUGCAGUCCCGAGUCUGGUCCAGAAGCAGACACUGCUCAACUCUUCGGACAUGAGGUUUAUUCAAAAUCAUUCAUCGCAGAUGGCAGCAGUGGACUAUCUCGUAUCCUUGGAAAGCGACAUAUUUGCACCAACAUACGAUGGAAACAUGGCUAAAGUUGUCGAAGGACAUCGCAGGUACUUGGGGUACAGAACAACAAUACUGUUCGACAGAAAAGUUUUAGUUGGUCUGAUAGAUCAGUACAAUCAUGGGGCUGUGAGCUGGGAUGAGUUUUCCUCAUUCGUCAGGCAGGCUCAUUGGACCCGCAUGGGGCGAUCAAAGAAGCGAGUUGUCAUUGCAGACAGGCCAAAGGAAGAAGAUUACUUCUACUCCAACCCGCACGAGUGUCUGUCUGCAGCCUAUGAAUCAAGCAUUCGGUAGUGAAUGACCUUUGUUAUUGCCAGAAAGGUUUCUUUGAUCACACACACACAACUCAUGCAUGCGUGCAAUGCUGGCCCCCAGGCAAAGUAGAGUAGAGUAGAAUCAAUCAUCCAAAAACAAACUCUGAAUCAAAAGAAUGAUUGAGUUUGUUGAAUAAGGUUGCAAAUAGUAACUAGGAUCUGGCCUCUGGCUCUAUAAUAUUGACUAAGCUGCAGCACAGGUAAUGGAAAAGGUUGAAUGCCCUAAAUGUUUUACAGCUUUAUACAAGGAAUGUAGCUCUAUAAUACUCCAACCCUUCUUGUAGCAAGUAUUCGAAUAAAGGAGUUUUAUACCAA